AGACCUAAAUCCCGCCACUCACUCCUGGAAACACUACGAUUCAUCAUGAACAACAGCAAUCCGAGAAAACGGACACCGCCGCAGCAAAUGCCUCCGCCGUCCAAACAUCAAACCACGUCGCCAACACCCGCAAUGGAGGAUGAGUUCGUGGACGAGGAUGUGUUUAUGGACGAAACCCUCAUUGGCGAAGAAGAGGAAUACCUCAUCCUCCGAGACAUCGAGGAGCGCCAGGCUCUUGCCACUCGACUCGCCAAGUGGGUCCGCCCUACCCUCUCUGACGCUUAUGUUUUCCAAUCCUGUGGCAUCAUUUUUCAGCAACUGGAGAUUGAUUAUGUGAUUGGAGAGAGCCAUAGAGAGUUGCUGCCUUCUUCCACUGGGCCCGCUGCCAUCAUCAGAGUUUUUGGGGUUACAAGAGAAGGACACAGUGUUUGUUGUCAUGUUCAUGGAUUUGAGCCAUAUUUCUAUAUAAGUUGUCCUCCAGGAAUGGGCCCUGAUGAUAUCUCCCGGUUUCAUCAAAGUCUUGAGGGUAGGAUGAGAGAGGCAAAUAGAAAUAGUAGGGUACCAAAGUUUGUCCGACGAGUGGAGUUGGUGCAGAAAAGGAGUAUUAUGUAUUACCAGCAGCAAAAGUCUCAACCUUUCCUCAAGAUUGUGGUUGCAUUGCCAACAAUGGUCGCCAGCUGCCGUGGAAUCCUUGAUAGAGGCAUGCAUGUUGAUGGCCUUGGUAUGAAGAGCUUCAUGACAUAUGAAAGCAAUGUUCUUUUUGCACUUCGUUUCAUGAUUGAUUACAACAUUGUUGGGGGCAACUGGAUCGAAAUACGUGCUGGAAAGUAUAAAAUGACAGAAAAAAGUUUAUCUUCUUGCCAAUUGGAGUUUGAUUGCCUGUAUUCAGACUUGUUUAGCCAUGCUCCUGAAGGGGAGUUCUCUAAAAUGGCUCCAUUUCGAAUAUUGAGUUUUGACAUUGAGUGUGCUGGCCGCAAAGGUCAUUUUCCUGAGCCUACCCAUGAUCCUGUAAUCCAGGUGGCAAAUCUAGUUACUUUGCAGGGUGAAGAUCAGCCAUUUGUUCGUAAUGUUAUGACACUUAAAUCAUGUUCUCCUAUAGUUGGUGUGGAUGUUAUGUCUUUUGAUUCAGAGAGAGAAGUCUUCUUAGCUUGGAGGGAUUUUAUCCGUGAAGUGGAUCCUGAUAUAAUAAUUGGAUAUAACAUCUGCAAGUUUGAUUUACCAUAUCUCAUUGAGAGAGCUCAAACCUUGGGAAUACCAGAAUUUCCUAUUCUCGGCCGCAUUAGGAAUAGCAGGGUUCGUGUUAAAGAUACCAUGUUUUCUUCAAGACAGUAUGGAACAAGAGAAAGUAAAGAUGUCACUUUGGAAGGAAGAGUCCAGUUUGACUUGCUCCAGGCAAUGCAACGAGAUUAUAAAUUAAGUUCUUAUUCAUUGAAUUCAGUUUCAGCUCACUUUCUUGGCGAGCAGAAAGAGGAUGUCCAUCAUUCAAUAAUAUCUGAUCUUCAGAAUGGGAAUGCAGAAACUAGAAGGCGCCUUGCUGUGUACUGCCUGAAGGUGCAUGGUUUUUUCAUCUAUCUCUGAUUUCUCUUUGUUUCCACUCUUUGUUGUGUGUACUAUUAGCAGCCAAAAUCCUUCAUGAGAUGAUACACUAGCUCACAACAAACAUAAGGAGUCCACAAGGCCUUGAUCUACUAGUUUGAAAUGGAACAGAGAGAAAUACUAUAAGACAAUAUAGCUUAACGGGUUGA